AUGCUACCUCUUAUGCUUGUGAUUAUAUUCCUGCUUAUGCUCCCGAUUAUACUUGUGCUUAUGCUUAUUAUAUUCCUGCUUAUGUUCCCGAUUAUGCUUGUGCUUAUGCUACCGCUUAUGCUUGUGGAUCAGUCUGCAUGA